GGCGGGCGUGGGCGGGGCCCGGGAGCAGGGGCUGCUCCUGCGCGGUCCCGCCCUGUUGCUGUCGCAGGCGUCCGCCGCGGUCAUGCUGCAGACGCGCGAAUCCGGCCUGGGCGCCUCGCUGCUCCGGGCCGCGCUGGGCCUCGGGAGAACUGGGCGGCUCAGGCACUCGGUCCGGGGGGCGAAUGAGGGGCGCUGGCAGGCCUGGCUGCGGCCCGCGGGCCAGGACACGGGCGUGCAGGUGUACAACAGCCUUACCGGGAGGAAGGAACCCCUGAUCGUGCCGUGCGCCGGGGCCGCCUCCUGGUACAGCUGUGGACCAACUGUAUAUGAUCAUGCACACCUUGGCCAUGCUUGCUCAUAUGUGAGAUUUGAUAUAAUUCGAAGGAUCCUAACCAAGGUUUUUGGAUGCAACAUAGUCAUGGUGAUGGGUAUUACAGAUGUGGAUGACAAAAUAAUCCAACGGGCCAAUGAGAUGAACAUAUCACCCGCUUCUCUCGCCAGUCGUUAUGAGGAAGAUUUUAAGCAAGACAUGGCAGCCUUGAAGGUGCUUCCGCCCACAGUGUAUCUGAGGGUAACUGAAAAUAUUCCUCAGAUCAUCUCUUUCAUUGAAGGAAUAAUUGGUCAUGGACACGCCUACUCAACGGCAAAAGGCAAUGUCUACUUCGAUCUGAAGUCUAGAGGAGACCAAUAUGGCAAACUAGUUGGUGUGGCCCCGGAUCCAGUCGGAGAGCCAGGUGAUUCUGACAAGCGUCACGCCAGUGAUUUCGCGCUGUGGAAGGCAGCCAAACCCAAGGAGGUUUUCUGGGCCUCUCCGUGGGGGCCUGGAAGACCUGGCUGGCACAUCGAGUGCUCCGCCAUGGCAAGUAUGGUGUUUGGAAGGCAACUGGAUAUCCACUCAGGUGGGAUAGAUUUAGCUUUUCCACAUCAUGAAAAUGAAAUUGCACAGUGUGAGGUCUUUCAUCAGUGCAAGCAAUGGGGAAAUUAUUUUCUGCAUUCUGGGCAUUUGCACGUGAAAGGCAAAGAAGAAAAAAUGUCCAAAUCGUUAAAAAACUACAUUACUAUUAAGGACUUUCUGAAGACGUUUUCCCCCGACGUCUUCCGGCUCUUCUGCAUGCGCAGCAGCUACAGGUCAGCCAUCGACUACAGCGACAGCGCCGUGCUCCAAGCCCAGCACCUGCUCCUGGGGCUGUGCUCCUUCCUUGCUGACGCGCGUGCCUACAUGAAAGGGCAGCUGGCCUGCGGCUCCGUCCAGGAAGACCAGCUGUGGGAGAGACUCUCCAGCACCAAGGGGACCGUGCAGGCCGCGCUGGCAGAUGACUUUGACAUGCCCAGGGCAGUGGACGCCAUCCUGGGCCUGGUGCACCAGGGGAACGGACAGCUCAGGGUGGCUCAGGAACCUGGGGGUCCCAGAAGCCCUGCCGUGUUUGGCGCCAUUGUCUCCUACAUUGAACAGUUUUUUGAGACCGCUGGAAUUUCUCUGGCAAAUCAACAGUGUGUUUCAGGAGACAGCAGCGCGGCCACCCUGCACGGCGUGGUGGAGGAGCUGGUGCGGUUCCGGCAGAGGGUCCGGCAGUUCGCGCUGACCACACCAGAGGCCACCAGGGAGGCCCGACAGCAGCAGCUUCUGGAGAGGCAGCCCCUGCUGGAGGCCUGCGAUGCCCUGCGCCGGGACCUCACCGCCCAUGGCAUCAACAUCAAGGACAGAAGCAGUACAGCCUCCACGUGGGAGCUGCUAGGUCAAAGGACAAAAGGCCCCAAACCAGGGAGCUGAUGGAGUGAAGCCGGGACCACCCCUCACGUGGCGGCCUCUGUGCUUGCUGACGAUGCAGACUUUAUAUUAAAGAAGUUUCUAUUGUGGCUGUUCAGUCAACAUUAAAACAGAGCAAACCAACGCUAUCCCGCUGGUGUCAAUGACUAGGCCUAAAAAUUUAAUCUAUGGUGCCAAGGGCCAGAGGCUCAACAUUAAGUUUGGUAAAAGCACAUCAGCUAUCCAGCGGGAGUCCGAACAGCAGACGUGCUUGCGCACAGUGAGACCAGCUGGCCCGUGCCCGAGGAUGGGACAAGGCAGGAGGCGCGGAAGAGCAGGAAUGGGCGCGGCCAAGUCAAAAGCGGAGAGGAUGGACUGUGCGGCAGACGAGGCGGCUUCCCCUCCCGGCAAUUACAGAAUGUGUUCACCACAGAAAACACAACACCCCUGCAGUCUUGCUACACAGUUAACAUCCUGACAGCUCGUGUCACCUUGGCUUUCAUGCUGUGAGCAGCCGGGGUCGGGGCUGGGCCUGAGAAAGGUUAGCUGUGGCAAGGUCAGGACAGCCAGGUGAGAGCAAGAUGGGGAGGCCUGACAAAGACAGGACUGCCCUGUGUGCAGUGCGGCCGCCCUUCCGGAGCACCUGUGAGCUCCCGAUCUCCUCACCUUUCUGUGACAGGACCACAGUUCUCAAACGAACCAGCAGAAGCCAGGUGGCCCUUUCCUUCCCUCCCCAGCUCGCAAACGCUGGGCAGGCCCCUCCCAGUGUCCCGCACUGUGGUGCCGGCAUCUCUUGAUCCCCGGCACAGCUGUGGGAUGAGCAGCGCCUUGUCGACGUUUAGUCACGACCCUGAGGUACUGGUCUUCGCAGUCUACAGAUAAGGACAGCGGUUCAGAAGUCACCCACCCAGGGAUUAACGUAGAGGGAAGAUUCCCAGAGGCUGCUUUAUGAUGAGACACCCAGACAAGGCCACUCGGUACUGGGGGGCAGACUGUCCCCCAGCGGCCUGCCACCUCACUGACCACCCAAACAUACUUCCUCAUUACUCUCCUGGUCCCAGGGAAGCUCCAGGUCAUAGUGUCUCUUUACCUGGAGCUAAUGAGUAGACACAUGUUUGUAAAGAACAGGGAAGCAGUGAACUUCACUUUAAAAAUACCAUUCAGCAGCA